AUGAUUUAUGCCUUGAUGCCUAUUCUUCUGUUUAUAAUCUGCUACUUUGUUUGGUCGAUUAUAUCAUGCAAAAAGAGAGAUCCAUAACUAUUGAAAUCAAGAGCUAUUUCUUCAAUAGUGAUUUUGCUUUUCUUUGUAUAUUCAAAUAUAGUUCAACAAAUGUUGGACGCUUUCAACUGUAUUGAUGUGGAUGGCGAAGAUAGAAUGAAAACAGAUUUGGAAGUCUUGUGUUUUCAGGGUCCUCAUUACUUCUGGUCCUAUGGUGUUGCGAUGCCAGCUAUGAUAGUAUGGGGUCUUGGUAUACCAUUAUUUGCUAGUCAACUAAUGUAUCAUGAAAGACAUAAACUUGAUUCUUUAGAGACUAAAGCGAAAUAUGGAUUUCUUUUUAGAGGCUAUAAAAAGAGAUUUUAUUAUUGGGAAAGUAUAGUAAUGUACAGAAAAACUUUAUUAAUAUUUAUCUCGGUGUUCUUUGUUUCAUUUGGUGUCCUAGUUCAAGCAAUGAUUGUGAUGCUUUUGCUAAUAUUUGGAAUAACAACAUAGAUGAAAUUACAACCAUAUUAGACUGAAGCUCUCAACAUUUUAGAGGUACUUUCCUUUAAAUUCAUUAUCAAGCUCUUCUUCCUCGAACUCAACAUAAUGUAAUUUGCUUAAUCAAGUAACAAAUAUAUAGUUGCAGGCCUCUCCGAUGAAACGAAGAUAUUUUUCUUCUUUGUGAUCGUAAUUUUCAAUAUGACAUUCUUCUUAUUUUGGGUUUACUAUUUUUUCAUUGAAUUGAGAGAACACAUCAUUAAGAAGUUGGCUUGGGUAUACCUUAAUUUCAUAUUAUGUGGAAAUAAGAGAAAAUUAGUGCUCCACCAACAGGAUGCAAUAAUGAAAGAAGAAAAUGAAAUACUAAGAGAAGAAUACAUGAAUGCACUUACAUCAUUGAAACAGGCCUAUGAGAAAGGUGAUAUUGUACUGAAUCAGUAGAUACUUGAAAGAUUUAAAAUUCAUUUAAAUUUGGAAAAAGUUCAAGAAAGUAUUGGGUUAAAAAAGUUGAUUGAGGCAGGCGAGUAAAUAAAAAUCAGGAAAAUGAGAGCUUACAAAAACAAAUCUUUCAAAAAGGUCCUAGAGUUCUUUAAUGAAAAUACAUAAGAAAAUAAGAAUGAUGAUCAAGACAGUGAAAGAAUAAUGAAGCUCGUUAAAAAUCCAAAAGAAAUUGAUGUAGAUGCCUCUUUCAAUGACUAGAAGGACUUUAUAUAAUUAGAGCUGGAAAAGGAUAAAUAUAAGUAAAUUCCUCUAAAUAGGAGAAACCUGGAGAAACUAACAACUGCUUAGAGUAAACAAAUUUCAGUUUAUCAUGAUGAAAGAGAGGAAAUAAUUAGUACAAGUUAAGAUAAUGAUAGAAAAUUCAACACAAAUACACUAAAUCCACUUAUGAAUGAUGAUUCGUAAUGCUUAGAAUCUUAUAGGAAAUUUGUUCAUUCUGAAAAAGAUGAUAAUGAUUAGAAUUUCAAAUCUAAUUCCAAUCUCUUCAGUCAAAAUCCACUCAUAGAUCCUUAUGAUUCAAGCAGAGAGUAAUCUUAAAUGUAGAAAGUGUACCCAAUGAACGAUGAUGACCAAUUAGAUGAGAUUGUAAGGUUUGUAUCGAAAGAAGAGAAGAAAAUAAAUUCAGAAUAAAACCUUUCAUUUCUUUUAAGAGAUCACAUGGAAUAGAUGAAAAAUGAGUAAAAUCAUGAGAAUAUUCUGAUUAAAAGUCGGGGAAAAAAAAGAGAUCCUAAAAAGGUUGAUUCAUAGAAAGCGUUAAAGAUAGGUUAAUUGAAAAGAUAAGCAACUAAAAAAAUGAAGAAUUAGCAAACUGAUAAAACAUAAGGAGAUAGUUCUUAUAUGGUCAAAAUAUCAGGUAUUUCAGACGAUAUAGUUGACAGAAAACCAUAAUCAACUUAGAAUGCUAAGAGAAAGCAUGCUAGUAAAUUAAGAAGAACACGCUCUGAUUUUAGUUUCGAUGAUUAAAAUCAAGAAUCAGAAAAUUAAGAUGUAUAUGAGGACAAAACAAAUAAUCAGUUUGGCUUAGAAAAGAAUUGGUUAUAGUAAAAUUAAGAUUUAGUUGACUUUACAAAUGAUGUGAACAGCAAAAAUAACACUUAGAAGUAAAAUAAGUUAUUGAAUUAGCUUUACCAGCAAAAUGAAGCAAGCAUAUCUUUUGUUGAUUUUGAAGACAUGCUGAUUGGAAAAGAUUUUUAGCCGGUAGGAACUUAAAACAAAGAUAAAGAAGACAAGAGCAGAUUUGAUGGAAGAGAUAUGAGAUUUUGA